CUUUAAAUCAAGUGGUCAUGACGAAUAAGGAUUCGCUCUUCAACCCAUCUUAGAAUGGACAAUCUGUGGACGAGGACUGGAUUCCAACUAAAGUAGGUCCAUUCUGGAAUGCCCGACCUGAAAUAAGACUAGGUCUGAACUCACAAUUAGUGAUUACCAUUGAAACAUACAUAACAAAGGAGAGUACUGGCAUGUACUAUACAAGGUGAUUAAACUUGUUUCUUUUCAACACAUUUCCUGUCCCUAAUCUCCCAGCUUGAUGAUAUUGAAGAGCAGGAUCUAUUAUUAUUUGGGUCACUGGGUCUGAUUACAAAAAGGAAAGUGGAGGUAAUAGCACUUUUUAUUGGAAACCAACAGGAUUUUAGCUGGUGAUGUAAUCUUCUCCAUUGUAAAUUGACUGGAUAUGUACCAUUCAACAUUGUUUUGAAGCUGAUUCAGUUUGUUCAUAAUCCUAGGGCUAGUACAGGAUUUUCAGUCGGACUGAAGUGGACUAUAUACUCACCUAGACAUUUCUGUGGAUGUAUUGUUGAGGUUACCAUCACUUAUGCCUCUAAGAAUCAAACAAGAGACAAAGUAGAGAGUAACACAACUGUGUUGGAUUCGUUAAGAAGUAUCUGCAUGAGAUCGAGGGGAAAACAUGUGAACUACGCUCACUUUGAUUUAGCAGAAGCUCUUCACAUUGUUGCAUAUUCUAUCAAGAUUUCAAGUGAAACUGAGGUGGAAUGCUAGAAAGUACUAUCUAGAACUUGACUGUGGAGAGGACAUGAGUAUUUCAUUGAUGAUUCAGGGGAGCUAAGAAGCUAGAUUGUGAUGAGGAAAGUGGAGACAAAGUGGCUCCCAAAUGACUGACAGGCUGCAUGUUGCUCUGAAUACAGAUGAACGAAACAUCUCAACGUCGUCGUGUAGUACUGUCCUCAAGACUCUAGGACCACUCUCACUACAGACCCCCAUUCAACUUUUGAUGACAUUGAGUUCAGACCGGAAGAGAAGUAAAGCAUCUUCAAGUACACAAAACCAGAAUACAUGCCAGCGAAUAUGCAACAGGAUUGAAUACCUAAUGGAAUAAUGUUCUGAAUCAGCUAACUGAUUUGGGUUAAGGUUGUAGCAGACUUGAAUAUUUAUUAGCAGUAGGAGGAUAUAGAGAAAAUACAUUGGAGCUCUCAACUCAAGAGGCCUGGUGCAUGUUGCCCCUGUCUGGGAGGAAGAUAUUGCCCCCUCCUAUUCUCGCAGAUACUCUAGAGGAGAUGAAUAAGGAAUACUAAACAGGACAAAAUGUUUUUUCCUUUGUGUCUUGAAGACUUUUCAGUUUGAGAAUUGUGUUCACAUCCAAAGGAGGGUACAGUGAACUGUGACCUCCCACUUUCCAAAUUGAUAUAAUAAUCACUUUUUAAUCAUAAAAUAUGCUCUCUAAUGAUUCAGCAGAAGGAAAUAAAAUAUUGAUUUUGCCAUAUAGUAGGAGGGAAAAGUUUUUCUUGGGAAUCUGAGAGAGCUAGGCUUCUGAGAGAGGCUUCUGCGGUUCUGUUGAACUAUGCUUUUGCAUUAGAAGUCUUCCCAACUUGAAUCGGAAAACUUCUGGAAUCAUUAGAAACAGAUGUGAGAACAACAUACACCCGAGGAUUAAAAACUAUAGUUAAAUCAUAUUGAGGUAUAUAAUAGUGGGGAAAGGAAUUUCCUGUUAAUGUCCUAUCGCCCUUACCAUUGCAACUUUACUUUACUUUACUGCUAAAGUGCUACACGUAUCUAUGAGCAAAAACUUGACUGUUGGUCAGCUGAUUUUUCUAUUAGUUGAACCCUUAGUGGGAAAAGAGUAGAAGAUGAAUUCGUGGCCUGGUACAAUAGGUACCCUUUUCCAGCAUUUAUUAGCUCCUAUGAGAGGAAAACCUAAGCCUGCACCAGUUGAUAUUGUUGUUUCAGAGGAACCUGAUGUAGCAAAUUGGGAAGCCAUCUUGGAGAAACCAAGAAAAUCAGUGUGCUUUGAUGUUGAGAAUGGUCCAUCACCGAGCAGAAGUCCAGGCUUGGAGGCGGCCAGUCCCUCCUCCGGCCUGGUGCUCAACUUUCCCCAACGGAGGGAGUCCUUCCUCUAUCGCUCGGACAGCGAGUUUGACCUCUCACCAAAGUCCAUGUCCAGAAAUUCUUCCAUCACAAGCGAAUCACAUACACAAGAAGACAUUAUCGUCACCCCAUUCGCCCAGAUCCUUGCCAGUUUACGAAAUGUACGGAAGAACUAUGCUAAUCUUACGGGUCUCACUGCACCAAGCAACAGGCAAUCUCCAAGAAGUACUCAGGCAAGCAAGCAGUCAUCAACACAAUCAUCGACGGGAUCAUCAACGGAAGAGAAUACGUCCAAGAUGGCAACAGACACAUUGGAAGAGCUUGACUGGUGUCUAGAUCAGCUUGAGACCAUGCAAACACAUCGCUCAGUUAGUGACAUGGCAACUAGCAAGUUCAAACGGAUGUUAAAUCGAGAGCUGUCGGCCUUCUCGGAAACAAGCAAAUCAGGGAACCAGAUCUCAGAAUACCUCUACAACACAUUUCUUGAUAAGCAGCAAGAAGUUGAUCAACCAGUACCCCUGUCGGCAAGGGAACUAGCGCCCUCACCGUCACCGCUCAGCAAGGCCCCAGCUUCCAAGAAGCUGUUGAAAGCCACUGAACUGAUGAAGAUCAAGGGAGUCAGUAAUAUCAUCGUGACCAAGCCCAAGCACCAUAACGUCAUCAGUGGUGAUAUCAUCAAGAAGUUUGGGGUGCCUGUCAAGAAAGAAAAAGAGGAAGAAUUAGAGAAGGAGCUGAGGUUGCUUGAUACAUGGAGCAUCAGUAUAUUCAAGAUUGAUGAGAUCACGAACCACAAACCCCUCACAGCCAUCAUCUAUAGAUUAUUUGAGGAUCGAGGUAUAUUAAAGACAUUUCAAAUUCCUGAAAAGACGUUCUUGAUAUACAUGAUGACGUUAGAAGACCACUAUCACAGAGAAGUUAUAUACCACAAUCAAAUUCAUGCAGCUGACGUUGUACACUCCACACACUUUCUCUUGUCAGCUCCAGCACUUGAGAAUGUGUUUACAGAUCUUGAGAUUAUGGCCGCGUUGUUUUCAGCAGCAAUACAUGAUGUCCAUCAUCCGGGUCUAAACAAUCAAUUCCUGUGUACCACAAGUGCAGAACUAGCAAUACUCUACAACGAUGUCUCUGUCUUAGAGAAUCACUCACUCGCCGUCGCCUUCAAACUCCUCCAAGAGGACAACUGCAAUAUCUUUGAGAAUCUUACCAAGAAACAGCUCCAAACCCUCAGGAAAAUGUCCAUUGACAUGGUACUUGCAACAGACAUGUCCAAGCACAUGAGUUUAUUGGCUGACUUGAAGACCAUGGUGGAAACAAAGAAGGUUGCUGGCUCAGGGGUCUUAUUAUUAGACAACUACACAGACAGGAUACAGGUGCUGAAGAAUCUAGUACACUGUGCAGAUGUAGCCAACCCCAGCAAACCUCUUCACAUCUAUACUCAGUGGACGUCCAUGCUGAUGGAAGAGUUCUUCAGACAAGGUGACCUAGAACGAGAGAAAGGAGUGGAGAUCAGUCCCAUGAUGGACAGGGAGAAUGCAUCCAUUAACAAAUCACAGGUUGGUUUCAUAGACUUCAUCCUGCAUCCUCUGUGGGAGACCUGGGCUGACCUGGUCUACCCCGAUGCCCAAGAAAUCCUGGAUCACCUUGAGGAGAACAGGAACUGGUACCAGAGCCAGAUCCGAGAGAGUCCCUCACCCAACCCCAGCAAGGACGGCUCCAACGAGACUAAGACCAAUGGGGAUGACCUCCAUGACCUGACUCUAGAGGACCUGGAAGAGAAAGAGGGGGGCGAGGAAACGACCCUCGAGGACCAGCACACGCCCACCCAUCGGCCUAACCUCCUACAGAGAAACCCCAAGGUGGAUGACAGCAAGAGUGGUGGUGUGGAGGCGGUGAAUGCCAAGAAUGUGAGAAGCAUGGCUAGAGGAAAGGACGGCGAAGUGUUUAAAUUCUCAAAACUGACCAUUAAAGACUCCAAGGAAACGGACCUAUAGUACAUGCUUUCCCACCGAGGGAGCUAGUACCUCCCUUUUUGUAUCAACUCUGUGUAGCAGAACAGUGAUUAUGCAGGAAAUUGGUGACAGGAUAUAUUGUUUCCAUGCAUGAUCCAAAAGAGAGAUUGCAAGCAGAAACAACAAUUGCUUUAAAAAAGAAGUGUGCAGAGGCAACAAAAGAGUAACAGACAACAGGAUGCUUGGAGAAGAUUUCAGAGAAUCUUAGGGCCAAGGUUGAAAAAGAGAGACAAGAGGCAUCUUAGUGACCUGCUAUAUUUGCAAGAGGAAGAAAAAGAAGUGAUGUGAAAAUAGAAAGCUGUAACAUGAUGAUGCUAGAUUACAAGCAGGAAGUACUUAACAGAUGAAAUGCAAAACCAGAGUGUUUUGGAAGGCUUCCUUAGGAGUAGAAAUGCUGAAUUGCAGCAACCCUGAAAGACAUGAGAGGAGUAUACAUUGUAAGAAUAGAGAUAUCAUUCUCUCUCUCUCUGCAUUGUGGUUGGAUGAAGGUUGAGAAUGAGAGGGAUAUUGUAACAUGUAUAAUGACUACAAUAUAUUCAGAUAUAGGUGGUAGCAUUUCAAAUAGUGGUCGCUUCCAGGUGAAGCUCAUUCAAAUUCGAGGGCAUGCAUUUUCAAGGAUAGAAACAGAACAAAAGUACUUAUAAUGUCUACUUGGUGAGGUAUAAACUAGAAUGUGCCAAAAGAGAGCGAGACCAAUGAUCAGAAUCCUAUGUUAAAGUACAAACUGGAUGAAGUUUUCCCUGCAACAAUUUACAUGAGAUUUCUGAAGUUCAAUAUAGUCUCAUGUUUAUCAUGAGAAGUGAAGAGAGAAUGGUAAGACAUGUUUGGUCCUUGCUUGCAGGUCAAGAAAUGCAAAGCUCAAUCUGCACAAUGAGUUUUCUACACACAUGUAACCUUGCUGAAAGCUUUGUGUUGCAAACAUCACGUUGGAAAUUGAUGCUAUUGCAUCAAAGCCAAUAAAUGGUGUGUCCUGAGGCCCUGUGUAGCUCAAGAUGCCUAUAUGUAGACUCCCUUGGGGUGACGUAGGGGAUAUUUGAGGGGGAAUAAAAAUGGUGGUUAGAGGUGGUAUGAUUGGAAGAAACACUUUCUGUUUAGAAGAAGCAUACAUUCAUGAAUACUAGGAACCUUUACAAGUUACUGAAUGAAACUUUGAGGUUUUCCAUUCAGAAGUUUGACCAUGUUAUGCCUAAAUCAUAGUGAAGAUAGAUAGCUUGGAAUGAUGUGUUUUAGUUUAAAUUAGUGUGUCUUUUUGAUGUUGGUUCUGUUGUUUCUUGUUGAAGAGUUUUGUGACUCAAAGCUGAUUUCAAGAGAGAAAGCAAAAACUACAGAAGAGAGAUAUUUCCAUGUUUUGCAUUGUUAGAGCGCUCUUAUGCCUUCUUGCGUCAACAAAAAUGUUGAUUAUCAUUUUAAUGUGCCAUCAAAUCUAUAAAUAUGUAUACAAAUGUACAUCCCAUUAUUCUUGGGGGAAAAUGACAGAAUUUUAUGAAACAUAUUUUUUCUUGUAUGAGUAUUGUAUGAUGGCUGAAUAUUUGUAAGAGUACAUACAGUAGCUGCUAAAAAUGUAUUUGUACAUGUGCUGCCUCACAAGAGAUUUUUGUAUGUUUCAUUUCACUAUAUCAUCUCAUAUCCAGUUUUCAGACAUAUUUUCUAUAUUUUCUGUAAUUUUAUAGAGAUUUGAAUAUAGAUAGAUAUGUAAUCGUAGCAGUCACUGUUAAAACUUUAAGUAGAAUGUUUUAUAUUCUGACUUUGUUUUUGCAAACAAGUAGAUCCUGAAUAUUGGGACAAUGUAAGACUUGAUAUUAGAACAGUGUAGUUCAUCACUUUGUAAAG